AAGGACGGCCGUCUCGCCGCGAUCCUCGACUGGGAACACGCGGGAUGGUAUCCGGAGUACUGGGAGCACACGGCGAUGGAGGCGUUGACGAUACGCACGUAUCAGAUGAACGCGUUCUGGGACCAGGUGCAUCUCUUCGGCGAGGGUGCCUACAGGGAUGAACUCAGCCUCGAGUGGGCCCUGUGGGGCUCCACUGGUCUGAUGGGUGUGGUCGGCGAGGACGGUGACGACCUCGGGUGUCCCCGGUGAGUACACGAUCUCUUUGUCUGUUAUAACCUGGCCCAUCUGAAACCUCAUGUUCAAGUGUACCCCCGCUGGCAUCUGACGAGAAAGCUCAAUCAUGAAACAUCAUGCAUGCAAUCGAACACCCUGCUGGUCCGCCGGAGUAGGAGGGUUAUUCCACAUCUAUUUGCUUGGCUGCUAUCAUGUCGCUUUUGUGGUUGCGUCGCUCAGUUCAAUGUCGACUCGGAUGUACGUCGCAAACUGUCUUCCGCUCAUGUCCAUUCCCUUUCGGAUACUGUCGAUGACGGAAUCUGUUCGUUCUACCCGCCUGUCUUCAAGUUCGUUAGACAACAACGCUCAACUCAGGGUCACUGACGUCAUUCA